UGGGUCAAGAAGGCAUUAAAAAUGUUGGGAAAAGCACACAGCCCACCCUUGGCGGUGGGUAACUUUAAUAACACCCACCAAGUGCCCACCCCACAAACAGCUAAUUUUGAUGAUAAGGGAAAGGGAAUUGGUCAUGGCCAAAGUCAGAGGUGGACCUCUCUCCCCCGCGGCGCACGUUAGCCCCUCUCCAUCUCUCCCAAGCGGUGGUGGCCUCCUCAUCCACCCACGUCACAAAUUCAGCCGCACAUCCCUCCCCACUUUAACAACAACCAUGCUCCUUUCCCUCCACCACACCCAACAACAACAACAACAACAACAACCCAAACAACCUUUUCACUCUCUUCUCCUCUUCCCCUCCUUAUCCUCCGCCCCUCUCCUCCCUAUCCUUCACCCUCCCCCUUAACCUAAAAACACUACCUUUCUUCCCAUGGCCUCCCCUUCUUCCCCCACUGAUUCCAACCCCCCCUCCGCCCUCCCCCUCACUCUCGCCGCCCCUCCCUCCACCUCUUCCCGCCGUCUCCCCCCGCCAUGCUGGACCCCAGAGGAAACCUCCGCCCUCAUCGACGCCUACCGCGACAAGUGGUACUCCCUCGGCCGCACCAACCUCAAAGCCACCCACUGGCAAGAGGUCGCCGAUGCCGUCACUGCCCAGUGCCCCAACGCUUCCCCCACUGCCAAAACCGCCGUCCAGUGCCGCCACAAGAUGGAAAAACUCCGCAAACGCUACCGCACCGAAAUCCAACGACUCCGCUCCCUCCCUCUCCCUCGCCUCAUCAACAACUCCUCCACCGCUUCCCCCUCCUCCUGGGUUCACUUCAAAUCCAUGGAUUCCAUGGAAAAAGGCCCCAACAAACCCCACGCCGACACCACCACCGCCACCAACCCCAACACCCCCACCAACAACCUCAAUUUCCCCGACGACGACAACGACGACGACGAUCUGUACGAGGAAUUCAAGAACGCCCCCGGAUCCAACACGCGCAGCCUCAAUAAACUCUACAAGAACGGUUUCGGAUCCGGAUCCGCCUCCGGGUUCCGGAUCCGGAUCCCGGCGGGGGUGCCAAACCACACCUCUUCGAAAUUCUUCAACGCGCCUCCUCCCGGCAUGGUGCCGCGCAACGGCGCGAAGAGGGAGCGUGAGAGCGACGCGGUGGCCGAGAUGGUGGGCGCGAUAAAGGUGUUGCGUGACGGGUUCGUGAGGAUGGAGCAGAUGAAGAUGGAGAUGGCGAGGGAGAUUGAGAGCAUGCGAAUGGAGAUGGAGAUGAAGCGCACGGAGAUGAUCCUGGACUCUCAGCAGCGGAUCGUUGAGGCUUUCGCCAGGGCCGUUUCACAAAAGAGGAGCAAGGGCAAGUCCACGCCUUCUCCCUCGUCGCAACCCUGAUUAUGAAUAUUGGGUGCUUUAUGCCUCUAAGGUGUUUGAUUAAUCGUGAUUAGUAUGUUCUCUUUCUGUUUUAGGUAGGUUCAUAUUUCUAUACUCUUCUCCUGCAACUUUUGCUCUUGUCUGGGAUCUGUUUAUUCAUGUUCAAUACUCUAGGCUCGGUCAAUAUGCUUUUAAGCCUUUCAUCU